UAAAUCGACAAUAAUAUGCGUGAAAAUGACAGUUUCGACAUAUCCGCGGCGGAAUGAUAUCUCGCACCAACCACAACUGCCUCCAGAAUUUGCUAGAACCAUCAUAGCAACAGGGACCUUCCCCGAGCCUCUGAUUGGUCCGCACGGUUGUUUGUUUGAGCAGCGAUUGGUUGCCGCGUUACAAAUGGAGGUUGUGAAACAUACAGGCGGCUGCCACUGUGGAGCUGUUAGAUUUGAAGUCUGGAGUUCACCAGACCUUCAUGUUUUUGAAUGCAACUGCAGCAUCUGCACAAAGAAACAAAACCACCAUUUCAUUGUUCCCAAAAAUCUCUUCACACUCUUACAGGGGUCAGAUAAUCUGACCACAUACACGUUUAACACUCACGUUGCUAAACACACCUUCUGUAAGACGUGUGGAGUUCAGAGUUUCUACACCCCUCGCUCCAACCCGGAUGGAUAUGGUGUUGCUCCGCACUGUUUGGAUCCAGGUACGGUCCGCGGUGUCACGGUUGAGAAGUUUUGUGGGGAGAAGUGGGAAGAAAGCAUGCAAGCUCACAAGAGCAUCAGAGACAUGUCUAAACCUGCAGAAAGUAAAUGAAAAGUAACCACUAUGAUACAAGAAUCAAACUUUAAU